AGCUCGACUCGAGGACGUGCUGCCGGGGCGUGCGUCGGGCGCGGGUGUGUCUGUUGGCAGACGGAGACCGCCGGUGGGCCGACAGCUCUGCUCUCCACGCGCCACCCAGCCACGCGCCUGCACCAUGUCCAGCUCCAAGACCACCACCCGCAAGUACACGUACACCUCCACCGGCGGUGGGAGCUCCGAUGUGCAGAUGGAGUUCCACACCGACCAGAUGGCUCUGGCACGCAUGGAGGCGCACGAAGAGCAGCUGGUUGUGAAGCGAUACAAUGACAGGAUCCGCCAGCUCCACGAAGACCUCGAAUCGGAGCGUGAAGUCCGCCAGAGGAUUGAGCGUGACAAGGCCGACCUGAGCGUGCACCUGAUCCAGAUGCGGGAGCGGCUGGAGGAGGCGGAAGCCGGCGUCGACGGCCAGAUGGAAAUCAACAAGAAGCGCGACAAUGAGCUCCUGAAACUGCGAAAGCUGUUGGAGGAUGUUCACUUGGAGAGCGAGGACAGCCUCCACGUGAUGAAGAAGAAGCAUCAGGAGACCAUCCAAGAGUACAUCGACCAGCUCGACGCCAUGUCCAAGACAAGAUCAAGAAUCGAGAAGGAGAAGAACAAGUUCCAGUCGGAGCUGUAUGAGCUCAUGAGUCAGAUGGAGGGAUCCACCAAGGAGAAGGUGGCCAUCACCAAGCACUGCGAGAAGCUGGAAGUGCAGGUGCAUGAGCUGAACGUCAGGAUUGAGGAGAUUAACAGGACUGUUAUCGACCUGACCAGCAUCAAAACGAGGAUCUCGCAGGAGAACAUCUCCCUGACGAAGGAGGUGCAGGAUCUGAAAGUGAGCAUGGAGAACAUCCAGUACACCAAGCACCAGCUGCAGACGGCCCUGAAUGAUUCCAACCGUCGUCUGGAGGAGGAGGACAGGCGUCGCAGCACCCUCGAGUCGCAGCUCCACACGGUGGAGCUGGAGCUGGAGUCGGUGCGCCACCAGCUGGAGGAGGAGUCGACGGUGCGACUCGACAUCGAGCGCCAGCUGGUCAAGGCCAAGGCCGACAUGGACAGCUGGCGCCUCAAAUACGAGGGCGAGGCUCAGGCGCGUGCCGAGGAGAUGGAGGAGCUCAGGCGCAAGUUUGCCCUGAAGGUCCAGGAGCAGGAGGAGCACAUCGAGACCCUGAUGGCCAAGCUGUCCCAGGUGGAGAAGCAGAAGUCCCGCCUGCAGUCGGAGGUGGAGGUCCUCAUCAUCGACCUGGAAAAGGCCAACGGCUCGUGCCGCGAGCUCCAGAAGCGCGUCGAGCUGCUGGAGCGCAUGAACAACGACCUCAAGGGCAAGCUGGACGAGGUGGCCGCCCUGUACGAGCAGAGCCAGCGCGACAACCGGGCCAAGGCGGCCGAGAUUCAGCGGCUGAACGCCGAGAACGACAAGCUCAAGGAGCAGAACAACAACCUGGGCCGCGACAACAAGAAGCUCGGAGACGAGAACCAUGACCUGAAGAACGCGCUGGCCGAGCUGACGCGCCGCUACCACGAGCUGGAGCUGGAGAACCGGCGGCUGGAGAACGAGCGCCAGGAGCUGGCAGCCGCCUACAAGGAGGCUGAGGCCGGCCGCCGGGCCGAGGAGGGGCGCGCCCAAAUGCUGUCUGGUGAGUUGAGCCAGGUGCGACACGAAAUGGAGAAGCGCAUCUCCAUGAAGGAUGAAGAAAUCGAGUCCAUCAGGAAGUCGCUGACGGUCGAGAUUGAGCAGCUAAACGGCCGGCUGGCUGACGCCGAAGCCCGACUCAAGGCCGAGGUGAUCCGCAUCAAGAAGAAGAUGCAGAUCACCAUCACCGAGCUGGAGAUGUCUAUCGAUGUGGCCAACAAGAACAACAUCGAGCUGCAGAAGAAUGUCAAGAAGCUGUCGCUGCAGCUGACGGAGCUGCAGGCGCACUACGACGACGUCCAGCGCCAGCUGCAGGCAACGCUGGACCAGUACGGCAUCGCCCAGCGGCGCAUCCAGGCGCUGUCGGCUGAGGCGGAGGAGAUGCGCGGCAACCUGGACCAGGCUCAGCGCCUGAAGCGUUCGGCUGAGGAAACGUGCGAGGAGUUCCGCGUUCGCAUCAACGAGCUGCAGACGGUCAACGUCAACCUGACCAGCGUCAAGAGCAAGCUGGAGCAGGAGCUGGUUAACCUCACGUCUGACUAUGAUGAAGUCACCAAGGAACUCAGGGUGGUGGACGAAAGGUACAUGAAGGUGCAGAACGAGCUGAAGCACUCGGUUGAGAUGCUGACGGAGGAGCAGACGCGCAUCGUCAAGAUCGAGACCAUCAAAAAGUCGCUGGAGGUGGAGGUGAAGAACCUCACCAUCCGGCUGGAGGAAGUGGAGGCCAGCGCCAUAGCCGGCGGCAAGCGCGUCAUCAGCAAACUGGAGGCCCGCCUGCGCGACCUGGAGCUCGAGUUCGACAACGAGAAGCGGCGUCACGCCGAGACCCUCAAUCAGCUGCGCAAGAAGGAGCGCAAUGUGAAGGAGCUGAUGAUCCAGAUGGAGGAGGACCAGCAGAACAUCUUGAUGCUGCAGGAAACUCUCGACAAGCAGUCCCAGAAGGUAAACCUCUACAAGCGCCAGCUGCAGGACCAGGAGCAGAUGUCGUCGCAGAGCAUCACGCGCGCGCGCCACUUCCAGCGCGAGCUGGAGGCGGCUGAAGCUCGCGCCGAGAGCGCCGAGACCAACAUGAACAUGAUCCGCACCAAGCACCGCAGCUUUGUCACACAGUCGGCCGUGCCGGGUGGCUCCAUCACGGUGGUGCAGCAGACCCGGAGCGUCGAGCAGUGAGACGCGCCGCCAGUGCGCAUCCCGCCGAAGAGCGGCCCUCCCGGGCGCCGGCGGC